AUGCAUCUGAAAACAUUUCUACUCGCAGUAGCAUCCUCUUUACCUGUCAUUCGCGCCGUCAACCUCAAUCUAUUUUGGGACAUCUUCGACGACUUUUGCGACCCAACUAGCGCAUACGCUCAGUGUAGUGAUAUCGGAGCUGACACCUGUUGCGUGUAUGGAAGUCAAUUUUUUUCUGUCCAGGGUACUGGGCUAGACACCACUGGCGUCCCUGAUGUUGUUGCUGCAUUUAGUGGCGAUACCGGCCAAUGCGGGACUGCCUGUAAUUCUGGUGGUGGGAAUAACAUAGAGUGUGUGGAUUGUAAUACUGUCCUCAGCGGAGCCAUGUGGUACGUUUUUGGAUCAAAGAGGUCGGUUCCUGGCACCAUUUUGCAGACAGUCCAGCCUGACCGCGUUGGGCUGUAUGACACUGCUCUUGAUGCUCAUCGUCUUUUUGACAUCAGCGCCGGUGUUCCUAGCGAUGUCAUUGCAGAAUUGGAUUCAGCUCUCAAAAACAACACCAGGGUUGAGCAUUUGAGUGAUGCGGUUCUUUUUUAUGAGGUUCAGUAG